AUGUCUGCUCUCCUGAUCUCAAAUUUCAGCUAUUCCAGCUUUUUGCUCACUGGGUUUCCUGGCCUAGAAGUUCACUAUCUCUGGAUCUCCAUCCCUUUCUGCACCAUCUACGUUAUGGUUUUCCUGGGAAACUGCAUGGUGCUCCAUGUGAUCCGCACCGAGGUGAGCCUGCACCAGCCCAUGUUCUACUUCCUGGCCAUGCUGGCCGUCACUGACCUGUGUAUGGGCCUGUCUACUGUGCACACAGUCCUGGGGGUCCUUUGGGGGCUUGUCAGAGAGAUCAGCCUGGAAUCCUGCAUUGCACAGUCCUAUUUCAUCCACGGUCUGUCUUUCAUGGAGUCCUCUGUGCUCCUAGCUAUGGCCUUCGACCGCUACAUCGCCAUUUGCAACCCACUACGCUAUUCCUCCAUCCUCACUAAUGCCAAAAUUGUGAAGAUUGGGGUGGCAAUCCUAUGUAGGAGUUCUUUACUCAUACCUCCAGUCAUUAUUCGCCUAGGAUUCUUAAAUUAUUGCCGUGCUCAUAUCCUCUCUCACUCCUUCUGCCUACACCAAGAUUUAAUAAGGAUGGCCUGCUCAGACAUCCGCUUUAACAGCAUUUAUGGUUUGGCACUUGUUAUCAGCAAUCUGUUAUUGGAUGCUGUACUCAUACUCAUCUCCUACCUCAUGAUCCUGCACACUGUCUUAGCGAUUGCAUCCAGGGAGGAAAGAAUGAAGUCUUUGCAGACCUGUGUAUCUCACAUCUGUGCUGUUUUGGUUUUCUACAUCCCCAUCAUUGGUCUGACUAUGGUGCACCGUUUUGGGAAACAUCUCUCACCGCUGGUUCAUGUACUCAUGGGCAACGUCUAUAUCCUUUUCCCACCCUUGAUGAAUCCAAUCAUUUAUAGUAUCAAAACCCAACAGAUACGAAGGAGAGUCCAGAGGUUGUUCUCCUUGAAUCAACAUAUGUCUCGAGGACAAGUGUGA